AUGGCGACCAGGAUGGUCUCCCCCUCCCAAAUCUAUCACGGUCUCCCAAAUCUCCCUCUGCUCCUCAAGCGGCUGUUCCCCCCAACCUCCGGUCCAUGCGCGCGGCUGUUCGUCCACUCGAGCGAGCAGGUGCUGGAAGGGAAGGCGACGGUGGAGGACACCGACAUGCCGACCAAGAUGCAGCUGCAGGCCACGUCGGCAGCGUCCAGGGCGCUCGACCGCUUCGACGUCCUCGACUGCCGGAGCAUCACGACGCACAUCAAGAAGGAGUUCGAUACGAUCCAUGGCCCGGGGUGGCAGUGCGUGGUGGGCUGCAGCUUUGGCUGCUACUUCACGCACACCAAGGGGAGCUUCAUAUACUUCAAGUUCGAGUUGCUCAGGUUCCUCGUCUUCAAAGGCAUGGCGGAUGAGCAACCACUGCCGUGCUGA